GCUGAAGGUGUUGAAAUAGCAGCGAGGACAAGGGACUCGGCUCAGUGUUAAAUAUCUGCCCAGCGGCCUGAAGACUCUGAGAUGACUAUAGGGAGAAUGGAGAACGUGGAGGUCUUCACUUCCGAGGACAAAGGCAGGGGUCUGAAGGCCACUAAGGAGUUCUGGGCUUCGGAUGUCAUCUUUGCAGAGCGGGCUUACUCCGCGGUGGUUUUUGACAGCCUCGUGAACUUUGUGUGUCACACCUGCUUCAAGAGGCAGGAGAAGCUGCAUCGCUGCGGGCAGUGCAAGUUUGCGCAUUACUGUGACCGCACCUGCCAGAAGGAUGCUUGGCUGAACCACAAGAAUGAGUGUUCGGCCAUCAAGAGAUACGGGAAGGUGCCCAAUGAGAACAUCAGGCUGGCGGCCCGCAUCAUGUGGCGGGUGGAGAGAGAGGGCACCGGGCUCACAGAGGGCUGCCUGGUGUCCGUGGACGACCUGCAGAACCACGUGGAGCACUUCGGGGAGGAGGAGCAGAAGGAGCUGCGGGUGGACGUGGACACUUUCCUGCAGUACUGGCCGCCGCAGAGCCAGCAGUUCAGCAUGCAGUACAUCUCCCACAUCUUCGGCGUGAUUAACUGCAACGGCUUCACGCUCAGUGAUCAGAGAGGCCUGCAGGCAGUGGGCGUGGGCAUCUUCCCCAACCUGGGCCUGGUGAACCACGACUGCUGGCCCAACUGUACCGUCAUAUUCAACAACGGCAAUCAUGAGGCAGUGAAAUCCAUGUUUCACACCCAGAUGAGAAUUGAACUCCGGGCCCUGGGCAAGAUCUCGGAAGGAGAGGAGCUGACCGUGUCCUAUAUCGACUUCCUCAAUGUCAGUGAGGAGCGCAGGAGGCAGCUGAAAAGGCAGUACUACUUCGACUGCACAUGUGAGCACUGCCAGAAGGGGCUGAAGGACAACCUCCUCCUGGGGGUGAAAGAUGACCCCAAGCCCUCUCAGGAUGUGGUGAAGGAGAUGAUACAAUACUCCAAGGAUACGCUGGAGAAAAUUGACAAGGCUCGCUCUGAGGGUUUGUACCACGAGGUUGUGAAAUUAUGCCGGGAGUGUCUGCAGAAGCAGGAGCCAGUAUUUACCGACACCAACAUCUACACGCUGCGGAUGCUGAGCAUUGUUUCCGAGGUCCUGUCCUACCUGCAGGCCUAUGGGGAGGCGUCACACUACGCCAGGAGGAUGGUGGAUGGCUAUAUGAAGCUCUACCACCCCAACAAUGCCCAGCUGGGCAUGGCCGUGAUGCGGGCGGGGCUGACUAACUGGCACGCUGGCAACAUUGAGGUGGGGCACAGUAUGAUCUGCAAAGCCUAUGCCAUUCUCCUCGUGACACACGGACCCUCCCACCCCAUCACCAAGGACCUAGAGGCUAUGCGGAUGCAGACGGAGAUGGAGCUGCGCAUGUUCCGCCAGAAUGAGUUCAUGUACCACAAGAUGCGCGAGGCCGCCCUCAGCAACCAGCCCAUGCAGGUCAUGGCGGAGCCCAGCAAUGAGCCGGCGCCGGCCCUGUUCCAUAAGAAGCAAUGAGGACCUGCCUGGUGGGGGUUGGGGGUAGGGGAUGGGGGACGCGUCGUGGUUGGGGAACAGGGGAGACAUUCUGGAGGCAGUGGGUUUCUGGGGGAGCUCUUUGACGAGGAAGUCAAGGUAAUGCUCAACUUUGUUGCUGCGAGAAUGUACUGCUCUGUGUCCCCCAUGGUCGUUUUGGUUCAUUUCAACUCAGUUCCAUUCAGUUCAACUCCAGCCCAGCCCAGCCCAGCCCAGCUCAUCCUACAAAUAUUUAUUGGGUGCUAGGCCCUAGAGAUAAAGAACCCUAAAUAUAAACAAACAAUUAAAGCACAGUGUAAUAAUGGAUGUAAUGGUAUAAACCAUAUGGAGGGAGGGUGGGCAUGUGUCUGGCGUGUGUGUAUGUGCUUGUGUGUGGUGGCAGGGGUGUCAUGGAGGAGAUGACAUCUGAGCUGAGGGUGGAAGGUGCCUGGAGUCUCAGAUGGCUGCUCACCCAUCUGUGCAGGUGUCUCUGGAGUAUUCAGGACUUGGCUGACCGGGGUGGGUGAUGUCCAGUCUCCCCAGUGAGUGUGGAGUUAUGAAGAAGGGGCUGGGUUUGAGCCAUUUAGGUCCUACUCAGAGAACUGAAACCUUUUCAGAAGGGAACCUGUGCAGAAAGAGGAGGGGGCUUUGCCCAAACCAUUUGAGGCCUCUGUUUGAAGUCUGGGUUCCAAGCAUUAUUCGGAAAUUACUUCCAGAACACAGAGAGGGGUGUGUCCUUUCCCCACCCUCGCCACCAAGCCUUGUGAUCCUUGUGAUGUGGGGGCUCCUUGGACAGUAUCUGUGAUUUUUCUGGCCAUUGGCCUCCUAGGAUUGAAGACGUCUCUUCAGAUUGAAGUAGAGGGAGAAACAUGGAAAGAGAUGCCUAAUGGUCAUGGGUCCAGAAGACUUGGCCUUUGGGUGUUUGCUUUGGUUUUUACCAGCUUACACUUCAUCACCAGCCCCCAGGAAAUCUCUAUUUUUAGUGAUGAAUAAUUAUGACCUUCCUUGCUUAAUUUCUUUCACUGCCCACGCCCCCAGGCCUCUGCUUUUCUUGCCAGAAGGAAUAUCUUAUCUGGACUCCACACAUCUAGGUUAGGAUCUCUUUGAGGGGUGCGACCAAGUUACCCUCAUCUCCUGGGAGGCUGCUCUUGGUUUCCACCCAAGAGUGAGGGUCUUGGAAAUCAACCAAUCUAGUUGUCCUGUUAUCUUCUGGGAUCCCAAAUGUCUCACCAAUGUUUUGGGGGAUCCUGGGCUGAAACCCUCCAUUUGAGAAUGUCACCAUGCCUUCUACACCAUCUGGGGCCACCCUUGACUCCACAGUCUUGACCCUUGACCCUGAAAUCUUGAAGUCAAGUGAUCCCACUGGGCCCCGUAUUUGUCAUCGGUGCCUAAGGUGUUCGGUCCUCCAUCCCCACCCUUUCAUUCUCAGAAUGACCCACUGCCUCCCUCAUAACCUGACCAACAGCUCUGUCAAUGUGCCAAAAGCUUUGUCCAAAAGCUCAGCAAAGGUUCUGCUUCUCUGCAGAAUCCUCGUACAGAAUACUCCUGGCAUUUGGCUCUUUUUUGAGGACACCUGCUUCUCUAGAACUUGCACAGGGAGAGUGACAGUUCUUCCAAACCCAUGUAUGACGCAUCUACAGAGGGCACCAGCCUUCUCCCAGGAACCCAGCUGUGCCAGUUCAAAUGAUCACUCUUGCACCCCCAUAUAAAACCUUCCCCCAAACCUCUUCCCUUCUUUGCCACUGCUAAUCUGCUGGUCAUUCCCCCAUACCAUGGUCUUGUUUUCCAUCCCCUCUUUCUCAAACUUGGUGUCUUCAAAGUCCACUUUCACAAAUCAUUGAAACCUCUUGCUUCACAGAUUCUUCAUUUACUCAGCUCCAGAUGUCUUUCCAUUUUCUCCAUUCACUCUCUCUUGGCCAUGCCCUGGACACUGCCAUCACCCAUAGUUUCUCCGUUUUUAAUGUCUAACUUUCUGGUCAUUGCCUUCUGCCUGCUCACCCCUCUGUCUCUUUCCUCCGCCCCAAACUGCUAUAUGACAUCAUGUGUGUCACCCUCCUCCCGUCUCCACUUCCUUCCAGAUAACCAGUGCAUCAGCCUGUCUUCCUUUUUUUGCCUCUCCGCACUUUCUGCCCAGCAGAGCCCCUGCCUGCAUUAAUUAAGUUGUCUUGUUUUUCCUUUGCUGCACCCGGAGGUGCUGAGCACAGCCAGGAAAACAGCCCCUCUCUGAGUAGCAGGCGCCUCCACGGACUUCUCCUCCCCAGCCUCGGCUGACCUUGUGGUGCAGCCCAGAUGUGCACGCGUUAUGUGCCCCUCAGUGGCUCUCCCUUUGCCCCAUAGUUAUUUCAAGCUUUCACUCCUGUCCUGGAGUCCCCUGCUUUGAGCAGAGCUGCAUCUCCUGCUUCAUGGAGGAAACAGAUACAGGAGAUGGGAUUCCCUCAAUUUCCUCUUCCCACAUUUACACACAUCGCGUCUGUCUGUGCACGUCCUUCCUCCCCUCCUUCUCACACCAGUGGGACAGGAGCCCUUUCCUUCUCCAAAGCGAGACUCUCCACCUGGACUUCGGACUUCCUCGGUCUUCAGAGCUUCGUUGCACCGAUAUUUCUUCUCACCCUGGGUUCAUCACACUUCUCUGUCCUCUGGCUUCUUCAGAGCAAUUAAUAGACAUGCUGGGGACUCUGAUCACAAUCUUCACAGCUGAGUUUUUUUUUAAGGCUUUGUCUCUCAUAGUUAUCAUCUGCCUUUCUUCGCUUUCCGUUUCUUCUUGGACCCCCUGCAGGCUGGCUUCCCUAAUCCGCGAAUGUGGCUCUUCCCAAGGUCAACUCCCAUGCGUGCUUCUCAGCCCUCGUGUUAUUUGGCUUCUCUGCCUCAGUCAGAACUGCAGCCUUUGAUUCUGGGCACCACCUCUUAGCAAUGGUCCUCUGAUGACGCUUCUCUCCCUACCCCGAUGGGCUGGCAUUUCCUGGAGCUGAUUUUGUUCAUCCUGGUCACUCUCAAUCCAACUUCAUCUUAUUCUGCACACCCUCCCCCAUGAGCUCAACCAGACCCUUUGUUUAAUCCCUACCUUGAGGCUGAUGUCCUUAAAACUGUAGGAGCUCCAGCCCCAUGCACCCUCUCAAGUGUUCUUCAGGCACAUCGAGCUCAGCAUGUCCAGCAGAAGCUCUUUCCCUUUCCUUUCUCUCCAUCCCUACACUGCUCCUCCUCAGGACCCUUCUCCCCACCAAGGAGAACGCCUGACUUCUGCUCUGGUCACUUCCGGAGUGUCUCCUGCAUCUUAGACUUUAGUCAGACCCACUCACUCACAGGUCCCUGAGUGACCCAUGUUCCCCUGUGCGCUCCUUGAGGUCUGAAACAUUCUGUCUAAAAACCUGACACCCGCCAACUCCUACUCAUCCUUCAGCAUCCACUUUGGAAAUCACCCCUUCUGUGAAGCCUCCCUGCAAGCCUUGGAUUCAGCUGGCUGCCUGUCUGAGUCUGUCAUACUACCCGUGAGUCUCCCAUCAUAACACUCUCCUCACAGCAUUAUAAUUGCCUUUUUACUUGUCUGCCUUGCCUAUCAGAUUGUGAGCCUCUGGAGGGCAGGAGUUUGACCUUUUAUUUAUCUUUCUAUUCCCAGAACCUAGCACCUGGAACGUAGUAGUUGCUCAGUUUAUGUGUAUUGAAUAAAUGAAUGAAUAAGUGAAUGAAUUUGCUUAGAUCAAAGCAGGCGAGACAUGAAAUUGUGUAUCUUCGGGUUCUGAUGUUACAGCAGUCCACAAAGGCCGUUAAAUUUUCCGUGUUUCCAAGCCA